AUGGCUACUACUACGACUACUGUUGACCCAACGGAGGCUUUUGAGCUAAUUACAAAGAACCUGCAAGAGGUGCUGAACCCUCAGAUCAUCAAGAAUGUGCUCGAGGUCGAGAAGAGACACUUGAAGUUGUACUGGGGCACAGCCCCCACAGGGAGACCACACUGUGGUUAUUUUGUGCCCAUGACGAAAUUGGCCGAUUUUUUGAAGGCCGGCUGUGAGGUGACCGUGCUGCUUGCCGACUUGCACGCCUUCUUGGACAACAUGAAGGCCUCGUUGGAGGUUGUCCAGUACAGAGCCAAAUACUACGAAUUGACCAUCAAGGCAUUUGAGAAGCAUCAAGUCCCCAUUGAGAAGUUGAAGUUUGUGGUCGGGUCCUCCUUCGAAUUGGCACCAGAAUACACUCUGGACAUUUUCAAGAUGGCUAACGUCGUCUCGCAGAACGAUGCAAAGAGGGCCGGUGCCGAUGUCGUGAAACAGGUCGCCAACCCAUUGCUUAGCGGGCUUAUUUACCCGCUGAUGCAGGCAUUGGACGAGGAGUACUUGAAAGUCGACGCCCAAUUUGGCGGGGUCGACCAGAGAAAGAUCUUCGUGCUAGCCGAGGAGAACCUACAAUCGAUAGGUUACAAGAAGAGGGCCCAUUUGAUGAACCCAAUGGUUCCAGGUCUGGCCCAAGGCGGUAAAAUGUCCGCUUCUGAUCCAAACUCGAAGAUUGACCUGUUGGAGGACCCCAAGGUGGUCAAGAAGAAGAUAAACAGCGCAUACUGUAGCCCCGGUGACGUUGAAGAGAACGGGUUGCUCUCCUUUGUUCAGUUCGUCGUUGCACCAAUCCAGGAAUUGAAGCACGGUAGUGGGCACUUCGAGUUCUUUAUCGACAGACCAGAGAAGUUCGGCGGGCCCAUCACGUUUCACAGUUUCGAUGAAUUGAAAACCGCAUUCAAGGAGCAAACGUUGUCCCCACCAGAUUUGAAGACCGGUGUCGCUGAUGCAAUCAACACCCUCUUGGCUCCUUUGAAAAAAGAGUUUGCAGAAAAUAAAGAGUACCAAGAGGCUGAAGCGAAGGGCUACCCAGCAGUGGAAAAAAACGUCAAGAAACAGAAGAAACCAAAGAACAAAGGUACCAGAUACCCAGGUGCCUCAAAGGACGAGAAUGGCACUGCUGCUGUAGAAAACACCGCAGAGCAACUAGAGAAAACAACAAUCUAA